UCCUUUCUCCCUUUUUAAACAUUCACACUUUCCUCUCCUUUCUUUUUCUUAAGAAUCACUUGUUCUCCUUCAUCAAUAACACACACACACCGACUUUAUCUCUAUUUUUGCCGACUUUUACACCUUCAAUACAUAUACAUACACAUAUCUCCACGAUCUCACUUUUAACCCCAGAAAAAAUCGCCCCUUUUUAAACCCCCUAUUUUCUCAACCGCCAAACCAAUUAUUCACCUUAAAUACACAGUCAAAAACUAUAAAAAGCUUAGAUUUUUCCUCAUAUCUGAAAAAACCCACCAAAACCCAGAUAUAUUUUCCAAAAAAGAUAAGACCCACAAGAUCAGAUUCAAGAAAAAAAAAAUGUCAGGGGUAAAAGGCGUAAUAUUGGUAAUCUUGAUGGGCCUGUUUUGGACAAGUAUAAAAGUAGAGGGGCUGGGAGUAAACUGGGGGACUAUGGCAACACACAAGAUGGAUCCAAAAACAGUGGUGCAGAUGAUGAAAGAUAAUGGAAUAACUAAAGUCAAACUAUUUGAUGCUGAACAGUCAACGAUGAGUGCUUUGGCAGGUUCAGGUAUUGAAGUUAUGAUUGCGAUUCCAAAUGAUCAACUUUUGGCUAUGAAUGAUUAUGGGCGAGCUAAGAAAUUUGUUCAAAGGAAUGUUACUCGUUAUGCUUUUAACGGUGGGGUAAAUAUCAAAUACGUUGCAGUCGGGAACGAGCCGUUCUUGAAAGCGUACAAUGGAUCAUUUCAGAAAACAACGUUCCCGGCCCUUCAGAAUAUCCAAAAUGCCCUUAAUGAGGCCGGGCAUGGUGAUACCAUCAAGGCUACUGUACCUUCAAAUGCUGAUGUAUACGGAUCACCUACCGACAACCCGGUGCCUUCUGCAGGUCGAUUCCGGCCUGACAUCAAUGACCAAAUGGUCCAACUAGUCCAGUUCCUAGCACAAAAUAAAGCACCCUUCACAGUUAACAUAUACCCAUUUUUAAGUCUUUAUGGAAACGACAAUUUCCCGAUUGACUUUGCUUUCUUUGAUGGUGUAAACCAGCCUGUUGUUGAUAAUGGGAUUCAAUACACCAACGUGUUUGAUGCCAAUUACGACACUCUGGUAUCGGCUUUGAAGGUAGCAGGCUAUGGUGAUAUGCCUAUUAUAGUCGGUGAGGUUGGGUGGCCCACUGAUGGAGACAAGAAUGCCAACAUAAACAUGGCGUAUCGGUUCUAUAAUGGGCUUAUGCCUCGCCUUGGCUCGAAUAAAGGGACCCCACUUCGACCUGGUGCGAUUGAAGUUUACCUUUUUGGGCUCAUUGAUGAGGAUGCUAAGAGCAUUGCCCCAGGGAACUUUGAACGUCACUGGGGGAUUUUUAGAUAUGAUGGGCAACCGAAAUUUGCAAUGGACAUCUCGGGUCGAGGCCAAAAUGGGCAAUUAGUACCAGCCCAAAAUGUGCGGUAUCAAGAGAAGAGGUGGUGUCAAUUUAACCCGGAUGCAAAAGAUUUGAGCAAACUUGGGGAGAAUAUUGACUUUGCUUGUACAUUUUCUGAUUGUACACCUCUCGGGUAUGGUUCAUCGUGUAACGGGUUGGAUGCGAAUGCUAAUGCUUCUUAUGCAUUCAACGCGUAUUAUCAAGUGCAAAAUCAAGAUGAAAUGGCGUGCAACUUUCAAGGUUUGGCUAAGCCGACAACACUCAACAUCUCAACUGACACGUGCAGGUUCAACAUUCAGAUCGUUGGAACAUACUCAUCGGCUACCCGUGCAUCGAUUUACCUUUUUGUAUACGCUCUCAUUCUCAUGUUUUGCUCUCUGUAGAUUUCAUUUUUCCUGUAGAUACAUAAAUUAUUGUCAUUUUGUGAGAUCUCAUUGGUGAUUUACGGUUUGAUGAUACGUUUGUUUAUCGAAA